AUGAUUCUGGGAGGACCCCGCCCGGCACUCCUGCUGCCGCUCAUCCUGCUGGCCGCCUGCCUGGUCCUGGCCAGUGGGGAGCCAUGGAUCGAGCCGAACUUCAUUUUCCAGAGGAAGCAUGUGAACUAUCCAAAGACUGACGCCCCGGACGCCAACGCCUACUGUAACAAGAUGAUGCUGCUUCGGGGACUGUAUGGGAAGGCAGUCAACACUUUCAUUCACGAGCCUGUCUCAAAUAUCAACAGCAUCUGCAAGGAUGGUGGUACUCCCAUAAUAGGUGGCCUGUACGAGAGCAAAGAUGAAUUCAACACCACUCAGUGCAUAUUUGAGCCUGACACACUGUCAAUCUCUUACAUCGGGGUAGAGAAGAAGCGGAAAAUUAUCGUUGGCUGCUGGAAUGGUUACCCUGUGUACUACCUGGAGCAGCUCUAG